GCCCACUUCACAGUUGGAGAAGUGACACAGGCCAGUAGAUUUACAUCCGCACUCACGUUGACAUUACCACCAGUGCUUAGGACGAGCAACAAAAAGCAAAAAGGGACACUAACAGGAUAAAGCGAGUGAGUUCAUUGUGAGUCAUGCUGGGCGAAGGUUUUCUCCAAGCGUUGUGUUACAGGGAGGAACAUAAUGGUGCUUCUGCUUCCACGGGACUCAAGUUGGAGACGGCGCAGACGGACAUUCAACAAAGAGGUUUAGACCAGGGGGAGCGUGAGCACAGACAUCAUGGAUUAACACUCGCAGCUCCAGAUGCCACAAGCCUCUCCAUCAGGUCAGAUGGAUUUCCAUCUGACCUGACCCUCUGCUCAGGCCCCUGCAGCCUCCUGCAACAUUAUCCUGACCUCCAGGUGGCUGACUCGGUCGUCAUCUCCCACAACCCUCUGAAAACCAAUGCCCUUCAGCAAGAUCUUUUCACUCAGUCAGAGCAAAACCAUCUGCUUUGUGUGUCCGUUCCGUCACUAUCAGACCAGGGCUACCUGGUUAUGGGUGAUGAUGCAAACGCCAGCUUGGGCAUGCCCGCCUCUCAGUUAGAGCCCAUGUCCAACUCACUGCUGAAUGGCCUUCUGGAAAAAAAGCUGGAGGAGGUGUACGUCCAGCACCUGACUGAUAAUCUGGCUCGAUGCAACUCCCAACUGGGGAACAGCCUUCUGCAUGGCCUGGUGCCUCCUUUGCAGCCUAAUGAACGACAACAUGGAGCACACUCACUGGAGUCCAACCUGGAUGAUGGAACAGGAGGGGAAUGUGGCAAGAAGGUUGGUUACCUGAGCAACCUAAAUUUAGCUCCCUGCUCGUCCAACUUUAGCACUCCAGUGCUGCGCAUUUCUGAGGAUGUUCAUCCGAAAUGAAAACAUAUUUGAAAACAUAUAAACAUUGGGCUUCAUUUUUUUAAUAAUCAAGAAUGUAAGUACUACUUUCUGUUUUGUGUACCUGAAUGGACUCAGCGCAUUAGCUCACAUCUGACACCUGCCGGCAGAUUCUGGCACUACAUCAGGAUAUUUCUACCCAACACUGCUGACAUCCAGUGUCCAUUUGUGUAAUUAUAAAACAAAUUAAUUAUAAAAUAUAAAUGUAUAUAGAUGAUAUAUACUAAUAAUAAAAUAAAUACUACUAAUAAUAAAUUGAUCAAAAUGAAAGUAGAAAAAUAUAUGUAUGCAGCUAUAUGAUCCAGCUCCUGUCUGAAUAUGAAAUGUGUACAUGCACACAUCACGUCUCAUUUAUUUUGGGUCUUUACUGAUGUAUUGGAAUGGUUUUUUUGUUUGUUUGUUUGUUUGUUUUUUUAAGGAUGGAAAUAAAGUGUGUAACAUCUUCUUAAUUAAAAUAAAUACAUUUACAAAGGGUCAGCAUUAUACAAACAACCUAAAAUACAGUCCAGUGCCCCAGUAAUUUGGGGCAUAAUCAAUCAAUCAAUCAAUCAAUCAAUCAAUGAAUCAAUCAAUCAAUCAAUCAAUCAAUCAAACAAAGUUGAUUCAUAUAGCCGUUAAUCACAAAUGCCUCAAAGGGCUUAAUAAACCACAACGGCUCCAUGUAUCUGAUCCCACAUCUGGACAAGAAAACGCUUUAUCUAAUGCAGUGGUUCUCAACCUUUUUUCUGUGAUGUACCUCCUGUGAACAUUUUUUUAAUUCAAGUAGCCCCUAAUCAGAGCAAAGCAUUGUUGUUUGAAAAAAAAAAAAGAGAUACAGAAGUAAAAUACAGCACUAUGUCAUCAGUUUCUGAUUUAUUCAAUUGUAUAACAGUGCAACAUAUUGCUGAUUUGUAGUGGUCUUUUUUGAACUAUUUGAAAAAGAGAUUUAAAAUAACAAAAACAUUGUUGAAAAUUAAACAAGUGACUCAAUUAUAAAUAAAGAUUUCUACACAUAGAAGUAAUCAUCAACUUAAAGUGCCCUCUUUGGGGAUUGUAAUAGAGAUCCAUCUGGAUUCAUGAACUUAAUUCUAAACAUUUCUUCACAAAAAAAGGAAUCUUUAACAUCAAUAUUUAUGGAACAUGCCCACAAAAAAUCUAGCUGUCAACACUGAAUAUUGCAUUGUUGCAUUUCUUUUCAUAGUUUAUGAACUUACAUUCAUAUUUUGUUGUAUUAUUCAAUGAAUAUAUUUAUAAAGGAUUUUUGAAUUGUUGCUAUUUUUAGAAUAUUUUUUUAAAAUCUCACGUACCCCUUGGCACACCUUCAAGUACCCCCAGGGGUACGAGUACCCCCAUUUGAGAACCACUGAUCUAAUGGAUGGGAACAAUGGAAAACCUUAAGAGGGACCGCAGAUGUGGGUGCACCUCUGGUCCCCACUUGGAACUGCUGGAGCCACAUGAAAUAAAACUGAUCCGUGGCCCUCUGAUAACCUCUAAAAGCAGGAGAGGGUGUACAGAGCAACAAAGAGAAGUGGCAUAUCAACUGGUCUAUAUCAUCAAACUUUAUUGCAGACCCCAACGUCCAAAUAGACAUACAAUCACAUACAGUAUACAUAAAAACAAAAUACAGUAUACAAGACAUGAUCACAUAUUAAAAAAAGUGCUUGUACAUAUUUAGUUAAAGCAUCUAAUAAAAAAAUAAAAUCACUUUAAAAAUGUGUCUAUAUAUUCCAUAUAUACGAUUGGUACCCAACAGAACUACACUUAGGCUAAGUCUGACAUAGCGAUACAUGUUUUGAUACUUCCUAGUAGAAUGUUAUGAUCGACAACAUCGAAAACAGCGCUGAGAUCAAGUAGCAGCAACAAUGAUGAUGCAUCAGCGUCUGUUUUUAGCAAUAGAUCAUUAGUCAUUUUUGCGAGGGCUUUCUCAAUAGAGUCUGUUCAGUUCAAUUUAGUUCAGUUUCAGUUCAUUUCGAACGUGCAUACGAUACAAUGUAAUGCAUCACAUAUUUCCAGUCGCUUCAUUAAAGCACGCCCGAAAAGGAGUAGGAAGAGGCUGCCCUUAUUUAAUCCUACACAUAUUCAUACCUUAGCAAUUUUAUCCCAUUUCCUUGUUCUCUGUAACAGAACAGUGAAUAAAUAAAUAAUAUACGAUAGUAAGUAAACAAAUAUUAAAUACAUCAAUAAUCUUUAUCUGCGACUGAGGGGACUUGUCCAGGGUGUACGCCGCCUUCCACCCGAUUGUAGCUGAGAUAGGCACCAUCGCCCCCCGCGACCCCAAAGGGAAUAAGCGGUAGGAAAUGGAUGGAUGGAUGGAUGGAUAAAUAAUCUUUAUCUAAAAAAAUAAUAACACAUUAAAACAAAGAAUAAAGAUGUUCAUUAUAAUUAUUGUUCUGUGUAUUUUGUGAACAGUUGUAGUUUGAACAGUCUCUAAAAGUGAAUCAUUUGGUGCAUUUUCGAUUUAUUUAGUAAAUCCAUUCCAUAAUUGAAUUCCACAUACUGAUAUGUUAAAGGUUUUAAGUGUUGUACAAGAGUUUUAAAUGUGAUUUUCCUCCAAGAUUAUAUUUCUCCUCUUUUGUUGAGAAUUGUUGUACAUUAUUGGGUAGCAGGUUAUAGUUUCCUUUGUACAUCAUUUGCAAAUGCACCAAAUUGUUGAAAUUCUAUAAUUUUUAUUCAAUAAAUAAAGGGUUUUUAUGUUCUCUAUAUCCAUCAUUAUAUAUUAUUCUAAUUGAUCUUUUUUGUAACACAGUUAGUGAAUGAAGCCAUAUUUCUGCACAAUAACUUAGAUAUGGUUACACUAGCGAGCAGUAAAGAAUAUGAAGUUAUUUUUGGUUCAGAACAUAUUUAGCUUUAUUCAUUAUUGACGUGUUUCUUGAUUCUUUUUGUUGUAUAUUUUUUACAUGAGGUUUCUAAUUCAUUUUAUCAUCGUUUGAUACACCCAAAAAUGUGUUUUAUUUCACCCUUUCAAUGUGUACUGCGUCUAUUUGUAUUUGUGUUUGACUUUCUCUUCUACUGUUACCAAAUAGCAUUAUUUUAGUUUUACUAAGUUUCAAGGAUAGUCUGUUUUUGUCAAACCAUUUUUGAAUUUGUCCAUUUCUUCUGUUAUUAUUUGUAUUAGCUUUUGUGUGUUCUUCCCUGAAAAAUCAUCUAGAAAUAAUAUUAACUUUAAGUCCUUUGUAACUUUACAAAUGUCGUUUGUAUGAGGAUUGAACAGUUUUGGUACGAGUAUUGAUCCCUGAGGUGCGCCACAAAAUAUCUUCAGCUCUGUAGAAGUGUAUUCGCCUAUCUUCACGUAUUGCUUCCUGUUGGUUAAGUAGCUUCUAACUCAGCUCCAGACCAAUCCUCUGAUUCUCUACCAUUCCAAUUUGUUUGCUGUGAUUGUGUCAAAUGUUUUUGUUAAAUCUAUAAACACUGCAGCAGCACAUUUUUUGUUAUCUAUAGCAUUGUUGAUCUCUUCCGUUAUUUCGAUUAAUGCCAUUGGUGUUGACAUGUUGGCUCUGUAUCCGAAUUGGUUGUCUGUGGGUGUUUUGUUUUUAUUUAUGAAUCAGUCUAAUCUGUUAAACAGUUUUCAAUGAUUUUAUAAAACUGUGGUAAUAGAAAAACA